CAUGAGCCAAGUGGGAAUUAAGGAUCAACAAAUUAAAGAGAUACAUAUCCUUCUUUCUAACUACAGCCAAACAAAAAUUAUGAUUUCAACUUUCUCUCUCACCACUUUCUUUGCUGUUCUUUUUUUCUCCUUUUCAGAUGGUUCAACAAUAACUACAAGUAACAUCAUUCAAGAAACAUGCAAAAGAUCUGCAGACAGUACCCCAAAUCUCAGCUACAACUUCUGUGUUGCAUCUUUGGAAUCUGAUGAUCGCAGCCGCUGUGCAGAUCUCCACAAACUUGGCCUCAUCGCCAUGGAUUUGAUGCGCCACAACAUAACAAGCACUCGACGUGACAUCAGAAAGCUUUUGAGGAACAAAAAAUUGGAUCAGUUCGUCAAGGCCCGUUUGGAUGAUUGCUUGGAGCUUUAUUCUGAUGCUGUUCCAAUUCUUAAAGAGGCAAAAAGAUGUUACAAAGAGAAGAAAUACGUCGACGCGAAUGUCAAGGUGAGCUCUGUCAUGGAAGCUCCUUCGACUUGCGAAGAUGGGUUUCGAGAUAAAGAAGGCCUCGUUUCACCACUGACGGAGAAAAACAAGAAUGUGUUUCGGUUGGCUGCAUUGACUCUUUCAAUUAUCAACAUGAAUACGCAUCUCCAAUGAACUCUACUAUGUUCUUCCCCUCCUAAUAAUUGGAUAAGAUGGUGUUUACUUGUUCCACUUUCGAGUUUUACCGAAGGUAUAGUAACUAAUCGUCUAACAACACAAGUAUGGAGGAUUGCUUGGUCACAUCUAUACAUCAUAUAUUUUGGAGAGAACUUAAUCUCAUUAUUUAUGAAGUCUCUCGUUACAACUACUCGGUGUGGGAUAUCAUGUCUACGAUAGAUAUGAUCUGAUUGGGAUUUAUUUUCAUAGAUUUUUUUUAUGUUGUUUGUCUGCUUUAGUUAUAUGACGUUGUCGGGUUAUUUAUUUCUUUCUCCAUAUAAUCUCAAGAUGUGAGGUGUAUGGAGAUGGACUGUAACUUGGAUUUGAAGAUGUUUUUGAGUGGUGUCAAUGUAUAAGCCCAAUUAUAAAUUGGAGUUUGUCCUUAA